AUGGAGUUAGAUGUGCAAGGUCUACGAUGUGUGGCUGUAAUCUACGUGGUUUUAUUUCAUCUAUGGCCAACGGUAUUCAUCAAUGGAUUUUUGGGAGUUGACAUGUAAGUAAAGACAAAAACAGCACCUCAUGAGAAAUUUUGGAGCCCUACAGCUGUCAUAUCAGCCUGUCGGGAAAAUAAUGUGGAUUCGUCGCGCUUUGAAAUCGCCCGUCGUCGCCUUGAAACAGCUAUCCGUGGCUGGAAAUUUGGUGCGGGACAGCGACGAGGGGAGAGAUUUUGCUGCGACAAAACCACGUAGAGGUUAGCGCAAAACAAGACAUUUUUGAUGCCGAUUUUCGGUACGCUCCAGACCCCAAUUUUGGUGAUAUAAGCGACUGUAACUGUUUCAGCUCUGUAUUAAUCAAAAAAUAAACUCCAAGCACGAUAAGAAAACCACAGCAUUUUAUUUCAGAUUCUUUGUAAUCUCUGGCUACUUGAUGCAAAAGAUUCUCAGUUCAAAGGAGUAUACAGUCCAGAACGUAAUCACCUUCUACUUCCGGAGAAUCCGCCGGAUCCUCCCCACUUAUCUUACCGUUCUCAUUGUCGUCACAGUCGCUGCGACCAACAUUUUUUACAACCAAGAAUUCAAAGGGAUCCUUCGUGAACUAAUGUCGGCCGCAACAUUCACAUCAAACCUUUUUAAUCUCCCACCGAAAGGGUAUUUUACGGCAAAUAAUGCGUUUCCACUAUUUUUGCAUACUUGGUCAUUGUCGGUUGAAAUUCAAUUUUACCUCAUUGUGCCCGGAAUCUAUGCGCUUUAUGAUGUGCUGCGAAAACGCGAAAAGUAUGCGGGACCGGGAGUAAUUGCUGCAAUGGCUGUGCUGAGCUUCGGAUAUCAGGUUCUCAAUGAAUACAGUAAGUGAGCAAGUCAAAAAAUGCGAAGAACAAAACCAACACCAUCUUACGUAAUUUCAGAUGUAAAUAUUGCUCAUAUGAGCCUAUUAUCUCGUAUCUGGCAAUUUCUAUUGGGCUUUUUGAUCGAAUCCAUCAAGCCGGAAAACAAUUACGAAAAAUUACCUCUGGAAGAAGAUGAGCCAGCCCCUUUCAACAUCUAUAAUCACUAUUAUGCGAUCAAAAACGGCCUAGCAGCAGCUCUUUUGGUUCAAUUGGCAUAUCCACCGACCUACAUCUUCUGGCUCAACCGGCUUUUGUGCACAUCAAUAGCUGCUUUGUUCAUCAUGGUAAAGGGCAAUAGUUUCGUUGAGAAUCGAGUGGCCGUCUAUGUUGGGGACGUUUCCUAUUCGCUAUACCUUAUUCAUUGGCCGUUAAUUAUUAUGAGCAAAUAUGUUGGAGAGUGGUCAAUGACUGGACCGAAAGUUCAGGGUAAGAGUAAACCUGGCGAUUUUGUAGCACAAAAAACAAAGUAUUCUAAACUCCACGGCAUUUUAGAAGGCGUAUUCAUCCUCCAAGCAUCAUUACUACUGAGUAUUCCGCUCGAAAAUGGCUUUAAGAAGGUCUCUUCUCACAUUGAUAACUGGCCAAAGCUCCUCAAACUCUUAACACUAAUCUAUGCCAUCUUAAUGUCCACUGCGUUGUUCAUGUUCAGCCAGCAAGCCGACCUUACAGCUCUCAAGCCAAUACAUACAGGAACGAACAAGAUACCCACAAACAACAUGUCCGUUAUGGAAAGGUCCCUAUAUUUCUACAAUCACCGCACUAACCUGACCCUUACACAUAGGGAAGCCAUGGAGUACAACGUGCAAGUCCAUUCGUACUUUUUCGACUUUAUAAAGGAAUGCCGACAAGCCCAUAUCAACAAGUACGGCAAAACCGAGCUGACAUAUACGGAAUUUGCGUGUCAAGUUGAGGUAAGAAGUCUGAAGCGACGUUUCCAACAAGCGAGCAAGAUUCUAAUUUGGCAUACUACCCUAUGAAACAGUGUAAAAUGGACGUAUAUUCGUCAACCAAUAUUUUUUAGUAAAAAAUAUGACGCAAGGUAAACGCAAUGACCUUAUAAUCUGAAAUUGCGUUGAACUCAAAAAAUGCACCAUAUGUUCUGAAGCCAUAAAAACCUUUCAGGGAACAGGAGACAAGGAGAUCGCCAUCGUUGGCAACAGUUUUGCUCGGGAUCUUUUCUUCGGGGUUUGGCCACAAAUGAAGCACAUGUACAAACGGCUAUCAAUGUAUUGCGUACCCUGUGUCAUCCCGUUCUACGUAAAUCCGGAAACAAAUGAGACUGACUGGGACUUCAUUGGACUCAUUGAACGGUGGGAUCGACCGAUCGACAUUCUCAUUAUUAGGCAUACGUAAGAAUCAAAAAACCCUUCUUCAACAAAACUAAAUUUUAGCUAUUACCAAUUGCAUGCCAAGCCAAAGGCUGUUGGAUGUCCAAUACCCGCGGUAAGUUUAGUGGUCAAUUGUAUAGCAUUGCCACUAAUGACUUCAAUACAGUGGCGGACCUGACCCAGUGGCAGAAAACGUACCAUUUUGCAUCUGGGAUGUAUCAAAAAUGUAGCAAAAUACCUCCCUCUCCAAGCGAAAAAACUCCGAUUUCCAAAGCGCGCCCGCUUUUUUUAUGUGGAAAGGUCGCCCCUCAAAAUUGAUUUUUUUCAUUUGGAGAAGGAGGGAUUUUGGAACAUUUUUUGAUACUUCCCGGAUGCAAAAUGGUACGCUUUUUGUCACCGGAUCAGGUCCGUCACUGUGUUUCGAAUUACCUCAUUUCAGCCAGAUUACGUCGAAAAGCACAUGCUGAACCAAAUGCAGGCCUUCUACGAUCGAGUUAGCAAACGAGCAAAGUUGGUCGUAAUCGGCUAUUCUGAGCAUGAAAGCGAACUGGAACCGCAAAAACUACCCAAGGUACUGGACGAAAACCGAGUCCACGAAGUCAACUUUAACUAUACUGUAAGUCACACAGUUUGACGGCACAUAAGAUCAUUGGAAUCAUAAUCUUUAGCUGAACCGACAAAUCGCUGCCAAAGUCAACAAAGUGGUUCAGUCCGUGAAAUGCGACAAUUGUAUAAAAGUGGACUUUAUGAAAGCACUCUGCGACUUCGUCACGGACACAUGUUAUGCCGCAACCAUGCAUGGAAUAAUGGUCUGGCUCGACUAUAUCCAUGUAACAAUCUAUGGAGCCAUUCUAGAAACCGACGUGUUGAUUGAUGAAUUGAAUAAACAUGGGAUACAGUGA